AUGUUCAAGUUUGUUGGUUACGCUACCCCAAUUGUAGCAGCUGCAGCUGCAGUUUCAACUCGUUCAAAUACCAUAUACAAUGAAUCGAAUCGUCGAUUCUAUGAAGAUGAUGUCACUGCGGCUCAUAUUCCAGGGACUGUAGUAGCAGCACCAGCGUCUGAAAUUGCAUCUCUUGGGGAAAACAGAAUCGUGGAUGGUAUUUCAGUGCGCUCAACUCCAACUACAGAGAUUUUUUUCAAGACAAUUAGGUUCCAUGCUGUUGGCAACUGGACCAGAUUCAACCACUGGGUGAAUCAAAAAUACACUACUUUCAAUGAUACUGAGCGGUAUGUUGCAAGUACGGUGAGCGAUUUACAUUACAAGAGAGAAGACCUUUUACCCAAUGGGAUCUAUGUCGUGAUAGCAAUCUUAUCGGGGACAAUUGCUGCAAGACCUCGUGGUAUCCUUGCCAAAGUCGCAUUUCCCACAAUAUUUGGAUUGGCUGCUUUCAAGUACUUUUUACCAAAAACAUUUGAAAACACACGCGAAUUUGCAUGGAGUUUGGAACAAAAAAAUCUUCCCGAAGUUGCAAGACAACAAGAAAAUGCAUACCACAGUGCAGUGGGACUUGCCAAGGCUAUUGAGGAAGGAACAGAACACAGUGUAAAGCGUGUAGAGGAAGGCGCGGCUACCGUGAGAAGGUCAAUAGCUGGAAUCACUGGAUUGAAUCUUGAUGAAGAAGUAUCCAAAAAGAAAUAG